UGGUAAGAUUUUAAAUCCGAAUACAGGAAUGAAUGAAACCAAAUACUGGAAAUCAGUAAUGCCUUGUAUGUCUAUAAAUCAACUUCAUGUAUCCUAUGAAAUCAAGAAAAUAACCGGAAGGUCUGUGGAGGAGUCAAAUGAACAACUUGAUUCGGGUCUUUGGUGUUACGGUGCGUGCACGGCAGAUCUGUAACUUUCUAUAUCCUGGCCCUCUCAUUUGUCAUAGGAAUGGCAGUUCUGUUGUAAAUAAUGAGAACACAGUAUCACUAAGUAUUUUAUUUACUUGGACUGUAGGCUUCGAAACAUCCCAUGACAGAAGAAGAUAUCUCGAGUGCUGAGGAAAACAGGUAAAAUUCCAGCGAUUCAAACCCAUCAACCAAUUCAUUCCCAGAGCAUUUCAUUUUUGUGUUUAAGACUUUGAGAUAGGUAUCAGUAUGGUAUAUGUGACAUUUUACGAUAAAUAUUUACUAUUACACUCGUCUCAAAACACUGAUCGGCGGACUUGCAGAAUAGCUAUCACCACUUCAUGGAGAAGAAAGAAGGCAAAGAAUUGGGCAAUUGUUUCCUUCUCUGUAAGCAGUUUUUUUCUCCAAAAUGAUUUAACAUUUUACAACCUUCCUCCGAUCCAACACCCUUUACCUCUAAAUUUUUAUUGUUACACUUAUCUCAUGAGUAUAAUAGUAAAAUUAUACCAGUUUGCCUUGACAAAAGAAAAAAUUCCGUUAGGUAUUGUGAUACAAAUAAAUGACAACAAUAAGCGUUUCCACUUCGAAGAAACCUUACGCUUUUUGCCACGCAGAGGAGAACAGGAAAAAAUAUCAGCGUCUAAAUUCGGAUAUACUAAUAUAAAAAAAGAAAUGCGAGAAUGACAUUACAAAAAUAUCUAAUAAUAAUCUUUUUAAUUCCAACCCGUGUUAAAAUCUAAAAAUGCGUAAAUAGAAAUGAAGAAUUAAGAGUUACCCCCCUUGACUAUAUGCAGCGAAUGUAAGGAAACCAGUUAAAUAUUGACAAGUUUACACCAAUUCGGAUUAUCUCAUAAAUAUUUCAGCAAAUGGUUACAAAAGAAACUACUGAAUAUUAAAUCUUUUGACAUAAUUAUCGCUCUGUUAGCAGCUUUUAUUACAAGACUUAUCCGUUUAUGAAUGUAAGAUUCGAAGCGAAAUAAUAUUAUCUCAACACUUUAAUGCUAUCGUGUCACUUCAGAAGGAAUAUGGCGAAAAUUUCGGCGAACAGGUGACUAACAGCAAAGAAAAUGGGACAUGAAAAUAAUUGCCCAAUGCUUCAGUCGUCGACUAAGCAAAUCUUUUUGUCCAAAAUAAACUCUGAUAACAUGCCACAAACUUUACUGGCUUGUGUGUUUCUGGCAGGUGUUGUUUCGGCCGUCCUUAUUGUAUUUGUGUCUUCCUUCUUUGGCGAACUGUCAUACAGUUUGUUUAACAUUCGGAAGGAAAUCAGAAAAACUAAUAACGAGAAUCUACACUUCGGAACAUCGAUGAUAUGGCGAGGCCGACAAAAGACUGCUAUGAACCAAGAGGUUAAAAAAGAAGCUUUAACAGCCUUGAAUCUUGCUAUGGAUAUGUAUGCCCAAGGCAAAAAUGAAAAAGCCCUAAAACUGUUUCAACAUGCUAUUGCUCUGGAUCCUCUGCAUGCCGAUAUCUUGAAUGAAUACGGAGAGUUCAUAGAAAAACACGAGAAAGAUAUUGUUCUUGCCAAUCAUCUCUACAGCAAAGCUUUGAUAUUGAGACCUACUCACAGCAAAGCUGUAAUAAACUGCAAGAGGACAAUGCCAAUUGUUGAAGAAAUUGAUCAGACUUGUUUCAAUCGGAUUGACAAAAAGCGAGAUAGAUUGUAUAAAAUUCCUUCCAACCAUCCUGGGAUAAGACGUGCCAAAAAAGAAACUUAUUAUCUUCAUAUUUAUCAUACAAAUGCAAUAGAAGGAAAUACACUGACUCUCGAACAGACUCGGGCAAUUAUUGAAACACGGAUGGCAAUCGGAGGCAAGAGUCUGCAUGAACAAAAUGAAGUUAUUGGUAUUGAUGCAGCCUUAGGGUUUAUGAACAAUAGUUUGUUAGGUAAGGCUGGAAACAUAAAUCUAGAUGACAUUCUGGAGAUUCACAAGCGAGUGCUUGGCUUUGUUGAUCCUACAGAAGGUGGUCGUCUUCGGCGCUCACAAGUCUAUGUUGGUCAUUUUAAGCCGCCUCCUUCAAAAGAACUACCAGAACUUAUGAAGGAAUUUAUUUUAUGGUUGAAUUCUGAAGAAGUUUCCAAAAUUCACCCAAUUGAAUAUGCAGCUCUUGCUCACUAUAAAUUAGUCACUAUUCAUCCGUUUUAUGAUGGAAAUGGCAGGACAUCCAGACUUCUCAUGAAUCUCAUACUUAUGCAAGCUGGCUUUCCUCCAGUGUCAAUCAAAGUCGAAGAUCGUUAUCGGUAUUAUGAAACAUUAGAAAUGGCAAAUGAAGGCGAUAUUCGACCGUUCAUACGCUUCAUUGCUGAAUGUACUGAAAGAACUGUUGAUGAAUUUUUGUUAGCCGCUGUCGAACAUUCAUCAAAUGAUACAUUAUCUCUGGCUACCAUACCAGAGGUUUCUGAUAGUGACCAAAGACGAAUUAUCAUAAAUAACUACCCUUAGGCUAUCUAACAGUA